UGAUUAUGAAUUUUCGCUUAAGCUCUGAAAUCGCUAUGACACAGAAUAAUUCGAAGGCUAAAUAUUCAUUUAACCACGACAUAUGGUGUAACGUCUGACAGAAAAAAACACGUUUGAAUCAAACUACGUCAAUGGCAUGAGUCAUCACAUCAACUUAUAUUCACUUCGUGGAGAUAACACUCUUCAAGACUAAAAACAUCUCUCGUUAUCAUGGGUUAUCGAAUCUGUUUCUGUUUUAUCGUUGCUCUUGUGACUCUUGAUUCACUGAAGGGGUCAUCAACAAAGAAGAAAUGUGGGUUCACACAGGCGGGUUCAGUGAAUUUCAAUGUUUUGAACCUAUGCUUAAAGAGCAUACAGCAGACGCUGAAAUCUUUGGACCAGCGACUACGUGCCCUGGAGAAACCAAAAGCCUGCAAGUUCGACUUUGAACACGGAAUAGGGGCCUGGGCUAAAACUGGUACAGUGUUCAAUAACCAGCCGACCUACGGUGACAACUCUGCAGCUCGGUACCAAACACCUGCCAAUCAGCAGGGGGACUGGUGGAUUGGGGGAUACAAGAACAGACCCUCUAUAUCUACCCCUGUAGUACAGGGAGACAGGCCACAAGGAACUCUUACCUCUCCACCCUUCAAAAUAAAUGGCAAGAACGUCUCAUUCCUGAUCGGCGGAGGCUGUGAUAUCAAAUUGAUUCGAGCAGAGUUGAUCAUUGGUGCGAAGGUGGUGAAACAAGUCACUGGAAAAUGUCAUGAGACCAUGAUUCGAAAAUUCUGGGAUGUUGGAGCUUACAUUGGCAAAAGUGCACGCGUCAAACUGGUUGACUUCAGCUCCGGAUCAUGGGGUCAUAUAAAUUUUGAUGAUCUUAAGGGCGACAUAAGCUGCUAGUAACACUGUUUUCUCGAGCUUAGAGGAGUUCAAACGGAAAAGGGGGGAGUUAUAAGGUAAAUUGAGGGUUGUUAAACAUCAAUGUAGUCCUUUUAAAAAUGUGGGAAAUAAAAUCAUCUAACAUGCUAA